AACAAACUAGGGGAGGAGAAAACAGCGCAAGCACCAGGGACUUCGCAGGCUGGGCUCUCGGGGACUCUUUUGUACCUGUUUCUAUUAAUUUUUUACACUUUAUAUUCGACUGUUUUCCUAAAGCACUUUUACUACUUUGAUAUUUAGGCGUCGGAUGUUUUAUUUGUGUUUGAUUUCCUGUAACUAGCUUGGUAACAGUGUAAGGAAAUACCUCGAGUCGACGGUUCAGCAAAUAGAAACAAAAACACAAAACAGGUGAAUCGUCGGAUGAUUUUCAAUGCUACGCUUUGCGACGCGAUAGCUGUCAUCGUGAUCACAUAUCAGAAAAAACGACACACAUCUAGAUUUAUUCAAACGAUGACUGCUGUGCUGAAUAUCCAGAGGUUACUGGAAGCAGCCGAAUAUAUAGAAAGGAGAGAAAGAGAGAGUGAACACGGAUAUGCCUCGACCUUUCCGUCUAUUCAGCACUCCAACUACCAGAGACAAAGGAAAUUCCGAAAUAAAAAGUGCAGCAACAACCACAACAGGUCCACACACAAUGAGCUAGAGAAAAAUCGGAGAGCCCACCUUCGCUUGUGUCUGGAGCGAUUGAAGACUCUCAUCCCGCUUGGACCAGACUGCAGCCGCCACACCACUUUGGGACUACUCAACAAGGCCAAAACACACAUAAAGAAACUGGAGGAAGCGGAGCGUAAGUCUCAGCAUCAGUUGGAGAGUUUGGAGCGAGAGCAGCGGCACCUCCGAAGGCGACUGGACCUGCUGCGGGGCGGCGGGGGUGUGUUGGAGGCCGAGAGGAUACGCACUGACAGUGUAGGCUCCACUCUCUGCUCCGAGAGAUCCGACCGCUCCGACUCAGACCAAGAAGAGAUGGAGGUGGAUGUGGAGAGCACAGAGUUCUCUCACGGAGAGCUGGACAGCGUCAGCACAGCCAGCACCAGCGAUCUGGAUGACCACAGCAGUCUACAGAGCACUGCCAGCGAUGAGGGCUACUCCUCCUGCAGCAUCAAACUGGCCUUCAGCUCAUAAAACGAGCUCCCUUUUACAAACACACACACACACACACACACACACAUUAUCCCAGCCCACAAAGUGAGUCCUGCCUCCUAGCCACCUUUCCCUCCUCGACCAAUCAGAUACUCUUAUUGAAGUCAGGCGACCAGAACACCACCGCCCUAUAGAAUGCCUGAUGUUAUUUUGAGUUUGUGAAUGUAUCUGAGCGAAUAUGAACGAAAUGGAAACAAUCUGUGAUUGUGAUUUUAAUUGGGUUAUUAGAUGGUUAUAUUACUGAAUAAGAGACUUUUCUGAUAAUUGUCAUUAUCUGAAUCCCCUUUUUCCGAAAAGGAAAGCUAAGUUGUAUAAAAUAGAUGUUUAAUUUUUAAUUCUUAAUUCAAGCCCCUGAUUGUUAAUUCUCUACAUGAAUGGGUCGUGAACUGGUCACUAGUGAAAUAUUCAACUAAACCCACCCAAACUGGAUUAUACAUACAUAACUCCAUAUCAACACAAGAAACCCUAAACCUGUUGAUUUCCUUCUCAUCUGGUCUAAUGGUUCUAACGUCACUGCUCAACGGUGGCGAAGACUGUCAUUGGUGCUACAUGACAAAACCAGUAAAGCAGAAAGAGAUCUACUGCAUUCAUCAAAGACGACGAAAAACCUAUGAUCCCAUGGCUGUGGGAUUUUUUGGUGCAUUAAUCCGUGGAGCUACUUUUCACGCAGCAGCUAAAACCCAGCGAUCUUGCACUCGACCGCGUAGAGCCCUCCGUAGAACUGGCGCCAAGUCAGAGAAAUAUCCACCCACGUGUUUAACUAGAUGUCUCUCCUGGCAGAAAUAAGCAAUAAACUCUUGUAGUCAGAUCAACACAUUAGCACUCCUACUCCUGAGACACAACGCUUGUGUCCGUCCAAAAGAGCAACGCCAACUUGCUCGUUUUUGUACAUAAAUACGAUAGUUUAAUAAAUUAAAGUUAAAAUAAAAAGUUGAGGAAAAAAAGGUAGUUACCCAUGGGUAGAAAUUGCCUCUGUUGCUGUACGUCUUGUGUUUUGUGCAUUUUAAAUUAUAUUUUUGCAAAGAUUGACUAUCUUUCUCUUGAGAGUCUUUUGUGGUGGCAUGGACAGUAUUAUUUGUUCAUUAUGCUGGAUGAAACGUAAGUAGUUUCAAUUCUGUGGCUGCCCGAGGAAUUUUACGACUUUCUUUUUAAAAUUAAACAACCAACACUGAAAUACUUAAAAUCGGACACACAAGAACGAGUGACCGCAGGCAGUGGUCGGUGGGAUGCCAAAGUGUGGACCUCUGUUAUAGGCAUGCUAACUCACUAAGUGGCGCUCUUUAUUUAAUCGAUGUUCAGAACUGUAUUCGUUCUCAAGCUGAAAGGCAUUCCAAUACUAGCGUGCUGUGGGCGUGCUACGAACUUUUGCCUCACGUAAAACUAAUUAAUUGAUUUUGUUUUAAAAGAAGCAGAAUUGAUUAACUUUUCUCAAGGCGUAUUUAUUUUCUGCCCUUGAUCCGAAAUCGGAGGAAAGGGUUAACUUAUUUCAUUAGUAAAAAUCUUUUGAUGACAUUCCCCUCCCUUUAGUUCCCUAAUUCCUUUCUAAAACCGUAAACUCACUCCGUCUGUGAUAUUUAUUAUUUAAUAUUUUCCCCAAAUGCAGAGCUGCUUUUUUAGUGCGUUUUAAAGCCGAGUGUAAUUUGUAAACGUUCUGCCUGCAAUCGAGCAGUGCGGACAUCUGUUACGUUAGGUGUCCCGAUCCAGCAUCAACCAAAUGCUUUUGGCUGCUGAACGUCCCGUGUGUGUGGGGUAGCUGUACUCGACCCUGUUAUAAGAGUUUUAGACUGUUCUAGUAGGGUGUACAUUCAUUGUGUUUAGAACAAACUGAGGUGAACGCCACGGAGGCGUUUUCACGUGUGUUGGUGCUUUAUCAACACCUGGCCAAACCACAGACAAGAACCUCUGUUGUCGUCCUCACAAGAGGACCUAUGUUGCUUUUGUCUUUCCUUUUCAAUUAAUAUUGUUAUUUUUCAAUCUGCACUAUUUAAAGCCAGGGCCCAUAUUGAUAUGCCAGUGCUUUUUUUUGUUUUAUUUUAUUUAACUUUUUUUUACGAGAAUGGACCCUGUCCUGAUGAGGCCACCGUAUAUCGAUCCAGGCCCGAAUUCAACGACACUUCCCAGAGAAGUACUGCUGGUCUGGGAUCAGCUCUCCCAUGUUUCUGACCGCUCCGGUGGAAAGGAAAAUGCUAAACUGAUCCUGAAAAUCCGUCUGGGUUUUGUCAAGAGACUCGGGGAAAAGGGUCUGUUAAGGGCGAUGCUUUUCCACCCGCAAGGAACAGAUGCCCUGAUGAACUUGUGGCCAUUCUUUGUAAACAUGCACUCUGAUUCUAGCUGUGAGUUAAAAUGCAAUACUUACAAUAAACACCAAGAUUGUCAAAAAGA